AUGUCUGAAUCUCAACCUACAAAGCGAGCUCGUGCGAACACCGCAGGAGAGGCUCUCAAGCCUAACACUGCCCCCCAGGGAUCCGAAUCACAAGCCACAGAGCAAGGUCACCAAAAGCCCACUGAUCGGGAGAUGAAACUACUCACCUCUCCAAUCAUCAAGGAGCUUCUCGAAAAGGCCGCUGAAAUGCACCCAGACGUCAACAACCUAGUAAUGGAUGCCAUUCGACGCGUCCAAGAGCAGCACCGACAACGCGUUAUCAAUUUCGACCACUACUCUUCUAGUAUCUGGAAGCAAAUCAAUGUCACAUACCGUUCCAUGAGAGGCUCAAAGCAGUACGACAUGGCUUGGGAGGUUGUAGGUGAUGUUGUCGCCACCAUCACUACUAUUUCAGGCCAAUGUGAUGAGUUUUCAAGCCCCCAAACCCGAGAAAAUGGACUUUCUGUGCUGCGGAAGAUUGGCAAGACGAUCUGCCUCUCUUCAAAUGAUACUCUUGGCCAUGAAGUUCAGAAACAGUUCCAAUCUGACCCAAGUUUGGAGAGAGGGAUGUACGAUAUCGUAUCGGCUAUGUCGGUUGAAGAGAGACAGAGCAUCGUCAAUUCUCCCAACAAAUCGGAUGGAUUGUGGGCGAAGCUGAAGGAGCUCCAGGAACUGUCGGAAGGUUACUGUGUUUUUGAGGGACUGUGGAAAGUUAUGGCUCUACUUUCUGGCGCAGAGAAUCACGAGGGAUUUGACGAUGACGAUGACGAUGACGAAGAUGAUGAUGAGGACGACGACGAUGAUGACGAUGAUGAAGGCGAAUUUGACGAAGAUGACCCCGAGAACUACGAUGAAAAGGAUAUGCAUGUGCAGACGGGCGACGAGCACGAUAUCUACUAA